AUGCAGCAGCAAAAUGCGCGAGAGUCCAUUUUGGUUUACGUCUGCACAUUGAAGUAACCUUCUCUAACCAGGCUUUGUCAAUUUUCACUUCAUGAACAGCGCAGAUCUUUGUCAAUUCGUGAAAUAUUUCAGCGAAUCUAACAAAUAGGACCAGUCCCUCAUUGAUAUCGCCUUGAAAACGGAAAAGGCUGAAGACCCUGCGUUCCUUUGAAGGAGUAUCAAGUGAUGGUGCAGGUGGAAUGUAGAUCAUAUCAUAAUAAUUUGCUAUUUUAUAGAAUAUGAAGGAAUGAAAGAGCUCAUGUACUCUUUCAAAUAAGUAAAAAUCGGCUGCAUAUUGUUCAUAAGGGUAUUCUUCAACUUUAUUGGGCUGAAUCGUAUAAAGAGCUGUCUUUACGAUAUUGGUUACAAAAGUUCCAAGACGGGACAUUUCCUCCAUCUCUCACGGGACGGGGUUCUCAAUAG